UGUACUACCGUCGACGUAAGAACGCCUCUCCACAGUUCGCCUUAUGAAAGGCAAUCAAAUCCAUACCGUGGCUCCGGAUUGCAGGUACUGGAUUCCAGUCUUUGUCAAUAAAACUUGGAUUCUGGAUUCCAAUCGUUAGUGGGAUUCCGGAUUCCUUGAGCUGUAUUCCGGAUUCCAAAGCCCAGGAUGUCGCGCAGUACACAAGCAAAAAUUUCGCGGAUUCCGGAAUCAGUAGGGAGCUUUAGCAACACGCUUUUUUGUUCAUUUCUUUACCGUCCUUGCGCGACUACGGCGUGAAAAUGCCUAAUUGCAAGUUUUAUUGAGGACGUAAACAAGCGACGACAAAUCUCUUUUUCUCUCUCUAAACUUGCGUGCGGUCCUCAAGAAAUCAGCUCCCAGGGAAAUUCGCCUACACUUGCCAUUUUCAGCAAAUUGGAAUAAAACGCGACAAAGAUUGAAAAAAACGGGAAUUCAUUUUCGCUGCCGUUGCCGUCGUCGAUGUUAAAGCUCCCUAGCAGUCCCUUGCACAGAGCGACAAAGUGGGGACCUAAAGAUCCAAGGACGGUCAUUGCAGCGGCAACGUCGCGACGAAAGGAACCUCUUAAAUAUGUUCACGGGAAGUUCUUUACAGCAUCUUUACUCUCGGACACUUCAAAUCAUUUUGCUUCCUGUUACACAAGUUGCUUCCACACUUUUUCAGACAUGUAUGUAAACAGAGGGUCUGAAUGGGGUUUAGUGUUAAGUGUUAUUUGGCCAUAAAAAUUUUUAGUGUUUGCUGUUAAAUUGGCCAAUUUUAUAAUGUUUUCUGUUUCCGAAGGUGGGUUCUUCGGACAUCUUUGGCAAUGGUUGGACCUCUUCGUUGGUCUUCGAGAGUCUUCGGCAGUCUUCGGGAAUGUUCGAUAGCCUUUGGGAAUCUCAAAUAAAUAUUUUGUCGUAAAAUGGCCGAAAACUCCUUGAUAUACUAAAAAAAAUAAUAUUGGCCUUUUUGGAGCCGUUUUUGCUUCUUUCUGGGAAAAAUAUACUGUUUCAAAGAAUUUUUUACUGUUAGUGUGAAAACGCCUAAAAUUUAACUGUUUCAUGUUACAAAGCAAAAAAAUGCAGUGUUUAGUGUGAUCGAGGUACCCUCAUUCACACCCUCUAAACACAUUGCACCAAAGUCCUUAGACAAGUUACGAAAUGUACCUCACAAAAUUCUUUUUGUGCCUGGCAUGUCAUUUUUUUUAUUAUUUAUUUAUUUAUUUGUUUAUUUUCAUUUUUAAUCGGUCGAACCUCAUAACAGCCUUGGACGCGAGCUUCAUGCCCAAAUGCCUUAUGAUUUAACAUAAAUUCAUUUUUCGUUUUGCUCGAUGAUGUUCUGAACAAUCUAAGAGAAACUAAUUAAGUAGUGUUUUAGUGGUGGGUCAGAAAAUUUAGAAAAACGUACGUUUUCUAUAGCAAACUAAGGACUCCUCAUUCUUUUAUGACAAUGUGACAAAAAGACAAUAAAAUGCGGGGGUGAUAUUUCUUGUGAAAGGGGGAAGGGAGAGGGGGGGGAGGAGGGCGCAGUUUUCCACGUACCAAGUACAUCACGGGAACAUAUUUAAAAGUAUUUUUACGCUCGGUCUCUUUGCGUCAUUUUGUCUUCCUGUUGUUACCAUGCAGUAGUUUCACAUCAAGUUUUUAUGCAUCAUUGUGUCUUCUUGUUGUGCUUUUAAAUGCGAGUUGGCAGUUCAAGUUCAAAUUAGUCUCAGUACAGAUCAACUGUUAACAGGUCACCACAGUGAAGUCAUCGUAGAGGCGAAAUGUACCUCAAAAGCAUUCUUCUCUUGUUUGGUAAGCCGUCAACUUCGGUUUCAUUAAUUUCAAGACUUUUGCCUUUUUACAAAAACCGAACCUACUGCUCGAAUUUCAUGCUAAUUCAUGCAGAAAAGUGCCUUUGUUUUGCUUGCAUAUUCUGUGAUGUCAGUUCUUGCACUCAAACUGAACAGUCAAAAAACAACUCCGUCCAACAAUAGGCAUUCUUUAGUCUUAACUAUGAUCAUUUCAGUGACUAUGCCUGGAAUUUCUUACAAUGUAUAAGAUAAAGCCAAAAAAAAAAACGUUUUGCAUCAAAAGAAAGACGACGGAGAACAAGCCCAGUACCGAGAUUGAGAAUUUUACAAAAUUUUUGUCGUUUUCUGUGUUUCUGCUAUGAUUUGAGCUUUUAAAAUGGCAUCGUGAUUUAUUUCAUCAACCUGCAAGAAAAGGGCGCAACCUAUUCUCUAUUUUGAUUGGUUAUACAUUUUACGACUGAUUAUCUCUUUUCAUAGGUUUAUUUGAGUGGGCUAUAAAGAUGCAUUUUUAUCAAAAUAUCGAAGCGCUUUUUAAACAUUCGAGGGCUGAGACUGUCAUCUGAGAUGAUGGGCAAUGAUUCAAACAUGAAAUUUUUACAAAAAAAAGGAACUUAAAAGGAGAAGUUACUUAAAUGACGAACGGGCAAUGGAAACGAGUUUGAGGACGGGAAAAUGAAGAAUAUAUGGAUACAAAGCCUAUCCUCUUACACAUUCUCUGUUUUGUUCAAUUAUUUCACUCUCCUCUUGCCCUUGAUAGUUUCUCGUUUCGCGUUCCUCCUUACUCGUUUCCCAUUUUUGUUAGGCGCUUCGCUUAUUAUUGUGGUAAACUGACACAGUACACAACUGUGCUGCCAGGAAAAGCGGCAAUACGCCAAGUACUAGGAUAACCAGCUGAGAAAAGCCAAAUUACACUCAAUCUGAGCUUUUAUUGAAUGAUUGAUCCAUUUAUCUAUUUGUGUUUUUUUUUUGUACUUUGAAUAUCAUUCACUCUUUCAAUUGCAAUAAUCUCUCUCGGUUUUCUUUUAGCCAUCCUAUCUGCAGGAAGAACAACAGCUCUUCCUGACGUUGGUUAAAGGUACAUUCAUGGAAUAUUUCUGUGAUGCCAUGAAAUGCCAAACGGUCUUUGUUAAAACACUCCAGAAAGAUCCUAAUGGAGAUUGCAGGUACAGAACAGUUGUUCGUAACGCGAAAAAGUUGUCCGUAAUUGAAGCUGGCCGCUUACGGGAAUGUAAAAACACAGAGUUUGUAUGGGAGUUGAGAAAAAGGGGUGUUGCGAAGGCGGCCAUUAAAAGAGCUGUCCACCUACUCCAGUGUGCCGAGGAGAACUUUCACUGCGCAUGCGCACUUCUUGUGGUCCAGCUUUUCUUAAACAUAUCCCCUCACUGUGUUCCUUGA